AACCCAUCUGAGUCCCUGCGAACCCUAACCGAACACUCUUCCGGCAGAUAAUCUCUCUCUCUCUCUCUCUCUCUCUCUCUCUCUCUCUCUCUGAUUCUGUACCGGAAGAGUAUUUCUCUCUAUCGCGUUCAGAUCAUCAAGAGUUUGUGUAGCAAUGGCGGCGGCAAAUACCAACCCUAACAGUCUCCCCGUGAUGCCGUCACCGAAGAAGCCGUUGCCUGCAGCUAAGACCGUCGACACUCAGUCCGUUCUCAAAAGGUUGCAAUCUGAACUGAUGGCUUUGAUGAUGAGUGGUGAUUCUGGAAUCUCAGCAUUCCCUGAAGAAGACAACAUAUUUUGCUGGAAAGGGACAAUCACUGGUAGCAAAGAUACUGUUUUCGAAGGAACAGAAUACAAGCUCUCCCUUGCCUUCCCGAACGAGUAUCCAUUCAAACCCCCCACUGUGAAAUUUGAGACUGCUUGUUUUCAUCCCAAUGUGGAUGUGUUUGGGAACAUAUGCUUGGACAUUCUUCAGGACAAAUGGUCAUCUGCAUAUGAUGUCAGGACUAUACUACUCUCAAUCCAGAGUUUGCUUGGAGAGCCAAACAUCAGCUCGCCUCUCAAUUCUCAAGCGGCAGCGCUAUGGGGCAAUCAAGAAGAGUACAGAAAGAUGGUUGAGAAGCUAUUCAAGCCCACACUGUAGAUUUCGAAGUCUUAAACUGCUGCUGCUUGUUGUGCUGAAGAGAAGAUCAAGUCAUUCUUCAUAUGAUGAUAGAUUGGAAGAAAAACUAUUGCCCCAUUGCUUAAUAAUUAUUAGGCUCACUUGAAGCUGUGUACCACCACAUAUACUAUCUUUACUAUUGUUUAAUUUAAAACUUUCAAUCACAUGAAUUCAUAUGAUUUUUUACUCAAUAUGGUGCAUAAGAAGUCGAAUUUUAGAUCCAAA